AUGGUCAACCGUUCCGACGUCAACUACUUCGGCGCUGGCCCCGCACCCCUGCCCACCGAGGUCCUCGAGAAGGCCUCGCAGGUGCUUCUGAACUACAAAGACAAGGGCAUUGGCCUCUGCGAAAUCUCCCAUCGCUCGCCAGAAGCCAACGAGAUCCUUGCCGACACCAAGAAGGCCCUGAGCGACUUGCUCGAGAUCCCGGACGACUACGAGAUCCUCUUCCUCCAGAGCGGCGGCAGCGGCGAGUUCAGUGCGACCGUAUACAACCUCGUCUCGAUAUGGGUCGAGAAGAAGCGCGCCAAGAUUGCGGAAGAGGUGGGCGACAACAAGGAUGAGGUGGUGAAGAGGCUGCGCAAGGUCGUCGACGAGGAGCUCAAACUCGACUACCUCGUCACCGGCUCUUGGUCGCUCAAGGCAUCGCAAGAGGCAGCGCGUCUUGUAGGAGCCAAGCACGUCAACGUGGCCACCGACUCGCGCAAGAUCAAUGACGGCAAAUUUGGCAAGAUCGCUUCGGAAGACCAGUGGAGCCUGACUCCGCGUUCCAAGGGCGGGCCAGCCUUCGUGUACUUUUGCGACAAUGAGACCGUCGACGGAGUCGAGUUCCCGUCUUUCCCUCAGAGCCUUGAGGGCGACGACGCACCCCUGGUCUGCGCCGACAUGUCGUCAAACUUCAUUUCCCGGAAGGUUGAUGUGCGCAAGUACGCCAUCAUCUUUGGCGGCGCCCAGAAGAACAUUGGCAACACGGGUAUCGCAAUCGUCAUCAUGCGGAAGUCGCUCCUUCCGCCACACUCAACACCCGCCUCGCCCGACCUGAUGAGAGAGCUCAACCUAUCAGUUGGCCCCAUUGUGCUCGACUACCCCACCAUCGCGAAAAACAACUCGCUGUACAACACAUUGCCCAUCUUCGAUGUCUGGGUGGCUGGCCAGGUCAUGUCCGGACUCGUCAGCUCCUAUGGUGCCAAGCGCAUUGGUGGUCAAGAGGAUGUCUCCAACGAGAAGGCGCGGCUUAUCUACGAUAUGCUCGAGAAGUACUCCAACGUCUACCAGGUAGUGCCAGACAAGUCUGUACGCAGUAGAAUGAAUAUCUGCUUCCGCGUCAACGGUGGUGAUGCGGACAAAGAGAAGGCCUUCCUUGCAGGCGCGGAGAAGAAGGGCCUGCUGGGUCUGAAAGGACACCGCAGCGUAGGUGGCAUCCGUGCCAGUAAUUACAAUGCCGUCUCGCUAGAUGGCACCAAGCUACUCGUCUCGUACCUUGAAGAGUUUGCAAAGUCGGCUUGA